AAAUAUACUCACCCUCCUGGAAGUCACCCGCUCCUCUUCCCUUUAUAAAGCGAGACCCGUCGAAGACAGGACGCAGAUAUCCAAACGCUGUAACGUGUUCCGGACCUCUUUCAAUUAAUCCAAUUUACAUCAUUAAUUAUUUCCAUUCUUAUUAAAUAUAAAAAUUUUUUUUGCAAAAAUGAGUGGAUCUGGAAAAGGCCUUCUUGGUUUGUGGUUAUACAGAAAUGGAUCUGAUUGGCAAGUCAAGAAUGAGGCUCCUCAUCAUCCGAAAUUUGCUGAUCUUCAUUCUGCAACUCAGAGACAAGCGCAAGAUGAGAUCAUAUCUGUGAUAUUUACCGUAAAAAACCAAGUAGGAGGGUUGGUAAAAGUUUUGUCAGUUUUUCAAGAUCUCGGAGUUAAUGUUAUUCAUAUAGAAUCGAGGAAAUCAGCGACGGAAUUAUCUUCCUCCGAUAUCUUGGUGGAUGUAGAAUGUGACCCGCGAAGAAUGGAACAGCUGAAGCGAAUGUUGAAGCGUGAAGUGCAAGAUUUUGAGGUAGUUGCUGCACAAUCUGACGAAAAAUUUCCACCACCAACACCUCUGUCUGCUGCAGCCAGCUUCGAUUUUGGUGAGAUGCCAUGGUUUCCAAGAAAAAUCUCUGACUUGGAUCGCGCGCAAAAUGUUCUUAUGUAUGGGUCUGAGCUCGACGCUGAUCAUCCUGGUUUUAAGGAUCCAGUUUACCGUAAGCGACGAGAACAAUUUGCUGCGAUUGCUAACAAUUAUAAAUACGGACAGCCAAUUCCCAAAGUGCAAUAUACUGAAGUUGAAAUUAAAACCUGGGGAGUCGUAUUUAGCGAAUUGCAUAAAUUGUAUCAGAAACAUGCGUGCGCAGAAUAUUUGGAAAACUGGCCGCAACUCGUCAAAUACUGUGGUUACAGAGAAGACAACUUGCCCCAGUUGGAGGACGUAAGUUCUUUUCUGAAACGAAAAACUGGCUUCCAACUGCGUCCUGUGGCUGGUUAUUUAUCACCUCGAGACUUUCUCUCCGGACUUGCUUUUAGAGUUUUUCAUUGUACUCAGUAUAUACGUCAUUCUUCAGACCCGUUUUAUACUCCCGAGCCUGAUUGCUGUCACGAGUUGCUCGGACACAUGCCAUUACUGGCAAAUCCAUCAUUUGCGCAGUUCUCUCAGGAACUGGGUCUAGCUUCCCUUGGAGCAUCUGAUGAAGAUAUUGAUAAAUUGGCAACGCUCUACUUUUUUACCGUUGAGUUCGGUUUAUGUCGUCAAUUGGAUGGUAGUUAUCGAGUAUACGGUGCGGGGCUUCUUUCCUCCGUUGCCGAACUACAGCAUGCCCUGUCAACCCCCGAAAAGAUUAAACGAUUUGACCCAGAUAUUACCGUCAAUGAAGAAUGUAUUAUUACUUCAUACCAAAACGCAUACUACUAUACUGAUUCAUUUGAGGAAGCCAAGGAAAAAAUGAGGGCAUUUGCGGAUAGUAUCCAGCGCCCCUUUGGUGUCCGUUACAAUCCAUACACUCAAAGCGUAGAGGUAUUGAGCAAUGCCCAGAAAAUAACAGCAUUGGUACGGGAGCUAAGAGGUGACAUCUGUAUUGUGUCAUCUGCUAUAAAGAAAAUAAGUGCCCAAGACUCAACACUUGAUGUUGAAACUAUCGCUAACAUGCUGCAUACUGGACUACAGGUAAAUGAAAGGAGUCCUCAAAGCUUAUCCGGAGGUAGUUCGCCAAAUUCAGAACGCGGUCUAUCUCCCAAACCAGAAGAAACAGCAUAAGUUCUUUAAAUAACUCGUAUAUCACAAAGUAUUUAUUACACUAAUGUAGCUUCUAUGUUAAACUAUGCUAUAUUGGUGUUAUUGUUGAAACGUAUUUAUAUAUAGUUUAAAAUCAUACGUGCAUAUAUAUUUGUUAAUUAAAAAUAACAUAAAGUGUUAAAGAUUUCAAAUGUAUUUAAAGUAUUAUGACUAAUAUUCUUACGGCAUUUAUAUACUCUUUAAUGAUUAAAAUUGAUGGAAAAUUCAUGUCAACUCUAUGUAUAUUUAAAAUUUUACUAUUCUUUCCAAAGUAAAGAUUACCUUUUGAAAGGCUUCCCUAUUACAUCAUAUGAUUGUGUUAGAUAUAGUAAAAGUUGGUUCAUUGUAUUAUAUGAAUAUUCAUGC